AUGGCUGCACGGAGCUGGCAGGACGAGCUGGCCCGACAGGCCGAGGAGGGCUCGGCUCGGCUGCGGGAAAUGCUCUCGGUCGGCCUCGGCUUCCUGCGCACCGAGCUGGGCCUCGACCUGGGGCUGGAGCCGAAGCGGUACCCGGGCUGGGUGAUCCUGGUGGGCACGGGCGCGCUCGGGCUGCUGCUGCUCUGCCUGCUGGGCUACGGCUGGGCCGCGGCGUGCGCCGGCGCCCGCAAGAAGCGGAGGAGCCCGCCCCGCCGGCGGGAGGAGGCGGCCGCGCCGGCCUCGGCCCCCGACGACCUGGCCUUGCUGAAGAGUCUCCGGAGCGACGAGCCGAAGAAGAAGAACCGCAAGAAAUUGCCCGAGAAGCCCAAACCAAAUGGACGGACUGUUGAAGUGGCUGAGGAGGAAGUUGUCCGAACUCCUCGAAGUAUAACAGCAAAGCAGCCAUUAGAGACAGAUAAGAAAAAUGAAAAGUCAAAGAAAAAUAAGAAGAAAUCAAAAUCAGAUGCUAAAGCAGUGCAAAACAGUUCACGCCAUGAUGGGAAGGAAGUUGAUGAAGGAGCCUGGGAAACUAAAAUUAGUCACAGAGAAAAACGACAGCAACGUAAACGUGAUAAGGUACAGACUGAUUCUGGUUCAUUGGAUUCAACUAUCCCUGGGAUAGAAAAUACCAUCACAGUUACCACCGAGCAACUUACAACUGCAUCAUUUCCUGUUGGUUCCAAGAAGAAUAAAGGUGAAUCUCAUCUAAAUGUUCAAGUUAGCAACUUUAAGUCUGGAAAAGGAGAUCCUACACAUCAGGUUUCUUCAGGAUUGAAUGAAAACCUCACUGUAAAUGGAGGAGGCUGGAAUGAAAAGUCUAUAAAACUCUCCUCACAGAUAAGUGCAGGGGAGGAGAAGUGGAAUUCUGUUUCACCUGCUUCUGCAGGCAAGAGGAAAACUGAGCCAUCUGCUUGGGGUCAAGACACCGGAGAUGCUAAUGUGAAUGGAAAAGACUGGGGAAGGAGUUGGAGUGACCGUUCAAUUUUUUCUGGCAUUGCUGCUUGGUCUAGUGUGGAUAGGGGAAUGAAUACCUCUGAACAGAAUUCUGCUUCUUUUGCAUCUCUCACACUUAACUCUGCUGUUCCUGGAUCUACUGCUGAGCCAGUUUCUCAGUCUACCACUUCUGAUUAUCAGUGGGAUGUUAGCCGUAAUCAGCCCUAUAUCGAUGAUGAAUGGUCUGGGUUAAAUGGUCUGUCUUCUGCUGAUCCCAGCUCUGAUUGGAAUGCACCAGCAGAAGAGUGGGGGAAUUGGGUAGAUGAAGAAAGAGCAUCACUUCUAAAGUCCCAGGAGCCAAUUCCUGAUGAUCAAAAAGUUUCAGAUGAUGAUAAAGAAAAAGGAGAGGGUGCUCUUUCAACCGGGAAAUCUAAAAAGAAAAAGAAGAAAAAGAAGAAGCAAGGUGACGAUAACUCUCCUGCACAGGACCCAGAAGAAUUAGAAAAAGAGAUUAGAGAAGAGCUUCCAGUGAAUACCUCUAAAGUCCGUCCAAAACAGGAAAAAGCUUUUUCUUCGAAAACCAUAAGCACUAGUGAUCCAGCAGAAACACUCGUCAAAAAUAGCCAGCCUAUCAAGACUCUUCCACCUGCUGUUUCUACCGAGCCAUCUGUUAUUUUAUCAAAAAGUGAUUCUGACAAGAGCUCUUCCCAAGUGCCACCGAUGCUACAAGAGUCAGAUAAAUCCAAGUCAAAUGCUAAGCAAAAUAGUGUGCCUCCUUCACAAACCAAGUCUGAAACUAGCUGGGAAUCUCCAAAACAAAUAAAAAAGAAGAAAAAAGCCAGGCGGGAAACGUGAAUUUUCUUUUCCUGAAUAGGACAUGUGUUUGCAGACACUGUCUUGAAGAUUAUGCUGUUUAUGCAAUAAUUUGUGAACAUGUACAGAGUUUUAUAUAAAUUUAAACCAAUUUUUAAGACAAAACUGUGAACACAACCACCAUAAAAAUGGAAUCAAAGGAAAGUUAAUUUAUGAAAUUAAGAGGUCAGCAGAAUAUAUAAACUACAUUGCUGGAAGACACUUGGGAAAGUCUUUUCAAUUUAAUGAGAACGUUCUUAAUUCAAGAAUAUUAUCCUGGUUUUACAACAGUGCCCUGUUUACAACAGAUUGUGCCCUAUUUCUUCUGCAACUGAGGAAUAAAGGAUUCUGAUUUAGAGAGAGAGGGUUGCCUACAAAUUCGUAGGCAACUUCUCGGACCUUAUGCACGGAACUUAUACCAUUUGAAUCUGUUUUAUGCUUAAAUCAAAGUGCUUUGAUCAAAUGCAUAAUCUGCCAUAUCUUUACAUAUUUGUUGGUAGCAAUUUGUAUUAAAGGAAUCACAAGUGCAAAUAAAAAGUCAUUUAUCAUUUAUUUAACUAAACUGUCAUGGUUUAGUUUACAAUUUUUAAAAAGUUCUUAAUUAAAACAUUGAAAAUGCAGUUGACACUUAUGGCUUAUGAACUUAUUUUUGAUAGUCUUACAUUACUUGAAUUGUUCAAAGUACAGUAUAUUUUAAAUUAAGAAUGGUAAACUGUAUGUCUUUGUUUUAUACUUUCAAAGAUGAGACUCACAAAUAAUGCUCUUGUUUAUGAUUUGAAAACUUUCAAGCAAAAUGUAACUUAUUUUUCCUUUCCCUAGCAAUUUUUUCCAGUGUCAUCUCUUCAUUACUAACACUUUUUGACUAUAAAAAUGAAAUCUUUCACAAACUAGUUCUACGGACAGAACUUUGAGUAUAUGAUGGAGAAUGGAAACCUAGAGUCAGACAGCUUUAAUUGACAUUGUCAAGACCUCCAGUUAUCAGGAAUACAUUUUUUACUGCCUUAACCUGUAGUGCGUAGAAUAUGCAUCAAUUUCUUGAAGGGGAUUCGUGUUUUUAUAAGAAUUUUCUUGUAAUUAUUGCAAUCAUGGUCAAAUAAGGAAUGUUUCCUGCUUGAAACUAUUAAUUUAAAUGCUGUGGGAGCUGUUUCACCAUUUCAGGCACUGUGUAAUUCUAUUGUGAUAAACUGGCAGGUAUCUUUGUAACUAUAAAUAGUGCAUGCUCAGCCAUGUACACUGUAAAUAGCCUUUACCAAACGUGUUUGACAAGGACCAUAAUUAACAUCACUUAGUGAAUUGUGAUAAAGAAAAAAGCCAUGAUUUAUUUGAUGUGAUUGGCUUAAUUGUUUUUAUGUGGCGCCAAGAAUGAAACUGUUUAGCUGUAACCAAUGGUACUGAUCUAUCCAUCCAGCGUUGUCUUUAUUCUCUUUGAUUGUGAUUUGAUAGUAUUGCAUUGUCAGUCCAGGAAAGCUAAAGAAACAAAAUGGUUUUAGUUUUGCUGAAGACUGGCCUUAUUAAUGGACAGCUUUCCUAACACGCGAUUAUUAACUCUUAUCGGGUGUUAACAUCUGUUUCAGGAACACGGCAGUAUGUUUACAUGUCAGAAGUUUUGUUUAUGAUAUUUCUAAAUUGAUUUGUUUUAAAUAAAUUCAGCAAAUGGAUAGCAUUGUUUUUAUUUGCUUCAAUAUUGGGAUAAAUAUGCUAACAUUCGAGGAAUGGAUUUCUUCAAAUGACUUUAUUCUGUUAGCUUUUCACGUAGAUGAUUCCUAAGUAGAUCCAAGGAUUCCUAUGUUUCCAGCACUUUGUAAAGGUCUGACAAAGGAGAAUUCAGUAGGGAGUCUAAUUUUAGGAUGUGCCAAAAGAUGUGUGCUCAAAAAACUUAAUUGAACUCUCUCAACUCUACCUCACCAUUUCUUUAUCCUAGAAUUUUGUUGGCUAUGUCAAGUGUUGGACUUUGUUUCUCCAGUUUAGUAUCUCCCAGUCAACCAUUUAUGCCAGGUGUUAAAGAUACUGUCUUUUAAGGAGAAAUGAAUUGUGGAAGUGGAAAAGUAAGUUUAUUCUCGUUCACAUGCAUGAGGUGCAAACUCCUGCCUGAUGACAGUAUUAUUGUUGCUUGCUCUUUACCUGUCCCAGAGGUCUUUAUGUGACUUGAAAGGAGUUUCUCGAAUCUGAACACAGGAACUGUUCCCCAUCAUCAACUCGGAGGGCAUAAAAUCAAGUAGUGAUUCAGGGAGGAGGGGGAGGGAGGAGGAGCCCAUUGUUCCCUGGGGCUUGGAUUAGUUGCUCCCCAAACUGUCAGUAGGGAGAUGACUGAUCCCUUUGGUCUUCAUCAGGCCUGGAGGGCACCUGUUCUGAGGAGCAAUUAAGGCUCCUGUAGAAACUACUUUAAAAUCAUCCUAAUCCUUUGUUCACUGAAAAUUCCUCCCUGUUCUGGACCAGGGAGUAGUGGUUUAGGGUUUCCCCAGGCGGAAACCUCAUCUAACUAUACUCUGGACUAAGCGAAACAGUUGAGAGAGUCCAAAAAGUAUUCAAAUAAAAUGUCAAUGUAAUUUACCAUGUUUACUUUGUGCAUGCAUUCUGUUGGGGGGGGGGGGGGGCAGAGACAGUGAAAAUAAUACAUUCAGAUCUAAUGGUAUUAUUUCAUAGACUAAUCCAGUUUGUAUUUGGUUAAAAAUUAUUGAAGGGCAAUAUUUAACUACAGAGUUUAGUUUUUCUUCAUUAAAAACAGUCCUCUAUUAAUAUAAGUUCUUUCAAAACUUAGAAAUUAGGUUUAAGAUGUCUAAUAGAUGUCUUAAGUCUUUCCUGUAAACACAUUGCACAAACUGGAAUUACUUUCCAAAAGACUUAGGGAAUGCAAAUGUGUUAUUUGUAAAAUGCAUUGAGUAUUGUAAAUAAAGCCAUUUUUGUUUUGUUUAAAUUGCUCAUUCUAGAUCUCUUAUGGGGAGGGACUUCUCAGUCAUUUUGCAUCUUAAGCUAGUAUAAAAUCAAUUACUUUUUGAUGUUCUGGAUGUUUCUGUUUAAAACCAUAGGUGCACUUGUAGGCUUUACCAGUCAAAUAGUUGGAGUUAAGCACCUCUUAGAAUGUCCCUGUUCGUGACACUGGGAAACAGCUUCCAUCUUACCUCACGUUAGCAAGAGACGUAACUUCCACCAGGUGCAUUAUACCAAUCGUGUCAACCGUGUAGGCUAAGAAGUUGACUCCCCUUUGGCAUUAUGUGUUAGUGUGGCCGUGUCCCCCAACAAUAACAACUUAAAUAAGAUAGUUUCUUUCUCGCGCAUGGAAAGGCAGCCCAGCGCUACGUGACGCCGCAGGGUCCGGGAUGCACGGUCCCUCUGCUGCCCCGCCCUGUGCUCAACACGUGGCUUUCCUGUCAGGGCUGCAGAGUUGUAGCAGCUGGAAAUGUCCUAUCAGCAUCUCUGCCCCCUUUAACAACACCUCUUACAAAUUAUUCACACCACAUGGGCUUCUCAACACAAACUUGAUCACUUGAUUCCUAGCUACAAAGAGGGAUGGAAAAUAGUCGUUAUUCUGUGUUGUCAUUGGCCAAAUGAACAUUUCAGGACCCAUUACUGAGGAAGCGGCGGAGGCACAGCUAGUUGUCUCCGUCGUAGGGUUGACAUGCACUAGGUAGGCUGUACCCAAGCAUCAUUUUUAAGUCAGGUUUUAGCUUAUCCAACUGAGUGGAAAGUUUGACAUCUCUUAGAUGCUGCUGCAAGUAGCAGCUAAUAAUUUAUAGGUAGUAUAUUCUGGGAGAAAUUUCUUCCUCUCGAUGAAAGCUUUAAAUUCCAGAGAAAAGCUGAAAGAAGUAGCCUAUCACAUGUAUACUGCAAGUAUGAGAUUAUAACUAGUUACGAUAGAAUUACUGAAACGUGUGUAAAAUAUUUAAUCUUUAACCCUUUGCACUCGCUUUUUUCUCGAUUCCUUUAUUCUACUCGGGAUUUAAUUUUUUAAAUACCCCAGAUUUUACAAAGCGCGACAGUAGAAUAAAAAACUGGAGUUUCUUUUCAUACAAACUUAUUUAUUUGGAUUUUUUAUAUUUCAAAUUAUUGAUACAUUCAAUAACCGUCACACUCGACAUCCGAGUGCAAAAGGUUAAAAAUAAGGCAUUACUACUUUCUAAAUUUAACGAGAGAGUAAUUUCUAACCCUAGCAUCAAGACAAGUAUAUGAGGUGCAUUGUAAAUGUUUGUUGACUAAUAAUCAUUACAGUAUUGAGGUUUAUGAACAGGCUAAUUUGAAGAAAAACUUAAGCAAAUUCAAGGUCAUCCCCAUGAUAAUGGCAUUCUUAUUUGUAUAUGUGUGCUUUCCUUUUUUAUUUAUUGUAUCAAAGCCUUUAAAAUGAAUAUCUGUAUCCUGUAUAUAAAUUAUAAAGCAUAAUAAAAUGAACACCUAAAACCACCA